AUGCCUGACUUACGCCGCUCCCAGAGAGUCGCAGCUUUGCAGGAAGCUGCAGACAAUAAGAACGACACGACACUCGAUAAGUCUCCGAACACCUCGAACCGAGCGCCACCGAGAAGCACUGUCAAGAGUGGUGUCAACUCGAAGGGUGCCGUCUCCAAGAUCCCUAUUUGCGACCUCGGUGCUCAGAAUAUGUCCACCACCAAGCUCGUGGCAGUCAAGAAGGCCGGCUCAGGCAAGAAGGCAAGCCCGGUCAAGAAGAGCAGUCCAUUCAAGAAGGCCAGCUCCGGCAAGAAGGACUCCAAUGUCACGACUGCCACGAUGGAGACUACCGAAGCUGCACUUGACAAGAUCCGCAACCUGAACAGCAAGAAGCCGCUCAUGCGCAUCCCCGGCGAGCUUCGCAACAAGAUCUACCUCCUUGCCAUCGAAGACGACCUCGUCGAGGCCAAGCUCAGAGUCAACGACUCGCGCAUCUCGGGGGACGUGAACGUUACUACCCUCUUCAAGCAGCUACUCAACACCCCCAGGUUCAUCAACACCUGUCACCAAAUGCGCACCGAGUGCUCUGGACUCUUCAACCCAAAGACGGUCGAGUUGUAUCAUCGCCUUUCCAAGCAGUACGCUGGUGCGCGAAUGUCCGCCCUCGGUCUCCGCCACCAGCUCAAAGGCUGCUGGCACACCACUGCGUACCAGCACGAGACAGCCCUUGAAGCUAAGAAGAAGUGGCAACGCUUGGUCCAGCGUGCUCGGCACUACACUAUGGUGGGAGUCGUCACCUGGGACUCGAGUCUCGAUGUCAAGCCGAUGUGGUUCGCUGGCGAGAGUGGAGAAUCCUGUAUGUCCUUUUGGGACCCAAGGUUCGAGGGUCGGCCUCUGGCAGGUUCAGUCGGCAUCUGA